AUGGCACCCCCCUCGUCGUCUUCAACCACGACCAGCGCCCCCGAGGCGCCUAAGCUGCAGAAGAAGACAAUCCGCCUCAACGGUAAAGGCGGGGAGGAGAAAGUUCAAGAUGGAUCCCCGGACCUACAACAGCGAGACCCGAUCGAGGUCAAAUAUCGUGACUUCUUUUGGACCUAUACCGAAGAGCCCCAUCGGACGAGACGCCUGGCCAUUAUCAAGGCCCAUCCCGAAGUGACCAAGCUCUGCGGUCCCGAGCCCCUCACCAUCUACGUCGUCCUCGGCGUCGUCGCCCUGCAAGUCUUCUGCGCCUACGCCCUCCGAAACACCUCCUUCUUCUCGCUUCCCUACUGGCUUCUAGCCUACGUCGUCGGCGCCACCGCCAACCAGAACCUAUUCAUGGCCAUCCACGAGAUUAGCCACAACUUGGCUUUCCGCUCGCCCACCGCCAACCGGCUCUUCGCUAUCGUAGCCAACCUACCUAUCGGCAUCCCCUACAGCGCCUCUUUCCGCCCUUACCACUUAACGCAUCACAAGUCCCUGGGCGUCGACGGCUUGGACACCGAUCUUCCCACCGCCCUCGAGGCCAUCUUCCUCGACUCCAUCCUCGGCAAGGCAUUCUUCUGCACGUUCCAGAUCUUCUUCUACGCCGUCCGCCCCAUGUGCGUGUACAGCGUACCCUUCACCUGGGUCUCCGCCACCAACGUAGCCGUGCAGGUUGCCUUCGACGUCGCGAUCCUCAAGACCCUCGGCAUCAACUCCAUGAUGUACUUCCUGCUGUCGUCCUUCCUAGCCGGUAGUCUGCACCCCUUAGCAGGCCACUUCAUCGCCGAGCACUACGUCUACGAGACCGUAACCCCCUCCCAGAAGAACCCCGAGAACCGAAUCCCCGUCCCGGAGACGUACUCGUACUACGGCCCCCUCAACUUCCUCGUGUACAACGUCGGCUUCCACAACGAGCACCACGACUUCCCCGCCAUCCCCUGGUCCAGGCUUCCCGAGCUCAACCGCAUUGCCAGCGACUUCUACACGGAGCUCCCGCACCACCGCAGCUGGACCUACGUUCUCUGGCGUUUCAUCUUCGACGAGAGCGUCGGCAUUCGGUGCAGAGUGAAGCGCAAGGAGGGUGGACGGCUCGUGGGCCAGAAGACUGAUUGGAAGAAGAACGAGCUCGAGGCUUAG